AUGAAACAAGUAUCAUCUUUAUGCAUUAAUAAUAAUAGUUUUACAAUACCAUUAUUUACUACACGAAUGUUACGUAUGAAAUUCAAUCGAACUCGACUUAAACAAUUGAAUAUUCAUACGAUACGUUUGCAUGCAUUUAUUAGUGAUCAGAAAGUAGCAGAAUUUCAAGAUCAUCGUGAUAAAAUUGAAAAAGUUUUUCAUUUAACGAAGAAUAUUAAGCAAUAUGAUAAUGAAUCAAUUAUGAUUUAUAAUUUUAAUAUACAUGCAAAAUAUAUAAAUCAAACAAAUAUUCAAUAUUUUAUUGAAAUUAUUAAUAUAAAAAAUCAUAUUUAUUCUAUUAAUUGUUCGAUUGUUUUAAUUAUAUCUCAACCAGAACGUAUGAGGGAUAAAAUAUUUAAAAAUUUGACUCCAUUUAUGCUUAUGUUUAUAUCAAUUCAAAUGGGUAUAUUACUUGAUAUCGAAAUAUUGAAAGAAUUAAUUCGUCGACCAAUACAAAUUUCAAUAGGUUUUGUUUGUCAAUACAUUUUUAUGCCAUUAAUAGCUUUUUCGAUAUCAAAACUUUUUCAAUAUCAACCAUUAUAUGGUCUUGGUUUAUUUAUUGUUGGAUGUUGUCCAGGUGGAUCAGCAUCAAAUCAAUGGACAGUUCUAUUUGAUGGUGAUCUUAAUUUAUCGGCAUUUAUGACAUUUGCAUCAACAGUUGCAUCAUUUUUUAUGAUGCCAUUAUGGUUAUAUACACUUGGACAAUAUGCUUAUUUACGUGAACUUGAAAUUCGUAUACCAUUUUUAAAUUUAUUACUAUCAUUAUUAACAAUUAUUGGACCAAUGGGAUUAGGAAUGAUAAUUUGUCAUUUUAUUCCAAAAUUAAAAUCAAUAAUAAAACGUAUUCUUAAACCAAUGUUAAUAUUAUUCAUAUGUUAUUUCUUUGUAUUUGGUGCUUUUGUUAACUAUUAUUUAUUUCAUUAUAUUGAUUUACAAACAGCAUUAACAAUACCUUUAUUACCAUGGUUAGGAUUUUUAUUAGGUGGUUUAUUUGCUUGGAUUUGUAGACAAGAUUCGAAACGAAUUGUAACAAUUGGAAUUGAAACAGGUAUUCAACAUAUAGGUAUUGCCUUUAUGGUUUUACUUUAUUCAUUACCAGCACCGGAAAAUAGUCAAGCAACUAUUAUACCAUUAAUUGCUGGCUAUGUAUCAGUUCUACCAUUCUGUUUUGUCCUUAUUUAUCAACUCAUACGUGGAAAAUGUUGUAAAACACAACCAGUAGAUCAUCAUAUAUCCAUUGAUACAUUAAGUAAAACAACUUUUGAGUUAAGUGAAGCAGAAGCUGAACCAGUUGAUGAUAUAUCUCAAACAAAAAAAGAGUCAUUACCAAUAACAAUCUUAGAUUCAGCUGUCGAUUCAAAAUCUACUUAA